GUCACGUGACGGCAGUGUUUACAUCCUCUCAGCUGUUGGGCCCCUCCCUCUGCCCGCGUCUCGCAUCAACACAAACAGCCGGAGAGCGGCGGCGGCGGCUGGGUCCGGCUGGUUGCGCGGGGGCCGAGGGCCGGACAACCGGGGUGGGGGCUGCGACCGUCCCGGCUCGGCACCUGCCCCCACCCCCUCAGGAGCAGCGGGGACAGGCGCUUCCGCGCCACCAGGGUCCUUCCCCCCGUCCUCCCCCCCGCGCCUUGGGGCUUGCGGGCGCCGCGCAGGAUGGUAACGAAGAGAAACUAGCAUCAUGGGACUCUCCAACUCUGCAGGUCUUCAAGUAAAAGAUCUAUAUAUAAUACUGACGGUCACAACUUCUGACACCGUCUUCUACAAUAUAGUACUGCUAUUGCAGACAUAGUAUUCAUCUGGAAUGAAGCUAAUCCUUGUGAAGAGGACCAGCCUAAAAUAGGGUUUAAUUGCAAUGUGUGUUUAAUGGAUCUUGUGUUGGCUCUGGUCAUAGGGUGUGCAUUUGUCUCCAGUUGAAUAUUGUUUGUGGGAUUCAUUUGUGAUGUUCUACUGUGCUGUUGUAAGGAAGAGAAGAGAGUCCUUUGCACAUUGACAUUUGGAAAAUCUGCUAAUGUUUUUCAAACUAACUGAAUUAUCAUAGAAAAUCAUCAUGGGAGGAGCUGUGAGUGCUGGGGAAGACAAUGAUGACUUAAUUGAUAACUUAAAAGAAGCUCAGUAUAUUCGCACUGAGAGUGUGGAGCAAGCCUUCAGAGCAAUUGAUCGCGGUGAUUAUUAUCUUGAAGGAUACAGGGACAAUGCUUAUAAAGACUUGGCUUGGAAGCAUGGAAAUAUACAUUUAUCAGCACCUUGCAUUUACUCUGAAGUCAUGGAGGCUCUGAAGCUUCAACCAGGAUUGUCUUUUCUAAAUCUUGGUAGCGGAACUGGAUAUUUGAGUACAAUGGUGGGAUUAAUAUUAGGCCCUUUUGGAAUAAAUCAUGGAAUAGAGCUUCAUUCAGAUGUGGUAGAAUAUGCCAAGGAAAAAUUGGAGAGCUUCAUAAAAUAUAGUGAUAGCUUUGAUAAGUUUGAGUUCUGUGAACCUGCCUUUGUGGUUGGUAAUUGUCUGGAAAUAGCAUCAGACAGUCAUCAGUAUGACCGGAUUUAUUGUGGAGCUGGAGUCCAGAAAGACCAUGAAAACUACAUGAAAAUUUUACUGAAAGUUGGAGGCAUUCUAGUUAUGCCUAUAGAAGAUCAGAUUGCAAAAGGCUUUACAAAGCUAACACAAAUUCUGAGAACUGGACAGAACACUUGGGAAAGUAAAAACAUUCUUGCUGUUUCAUUUGCUCCAUUAGUGCAACCAAACAGAAACGACAAUGGCAAACAUGAUACUGUGGGACUGCCCGCUUGUGCUGUAAGGAAUCUUCAGGACCUUGCUCGGAUCUACAUUAGACGUACCCUUAGAAACUUCAUAAACGAGGAGAUGAAAGCUAAAGGUAUUAUUCAGAAGGCACCACCAAAACGAAAACGCAGAAGAUGCCGUAGGCGGAGGAUUAAUACCUACGUGUUUGUAGGCAAUCAACUCAUUCCUCAGCCUCUAGACAGUGAAGAAGAUGAAAAGAUGGAAGAAGAUAACAAGGAUGAUGAUGAUGAUAAAGAUCACAAUGAGGCCUUGAAGCCAGAGGAACCUCCUCGAAACCUGCUGCGAGAGAAAAUUAUGAGUUUACCAUUACCUGAAUCUUUAAAAGCAUACUUGACCUACUAUAGGGAGAAAUAACUCCUUUUACAUAGAAAUGAUGAUGCCUACUGAUAGUUUAUUCUUAAAAAUGUAGCAUUUAUUAAAACAUAGAUGGACAAAUAUCAUUAGUCUUUCAUCAAGACAGAAGUACAGUGAUAAAUUGUAACUUCUUGUCUUGCAUUCAACAGUAGAAUCCCUUUUUAAAAAUCUAUUUUUCUUUAAAUUUUGAAAAAUGCUGUUUUAACUCUGAUAGAAAUAUAUAUUCCAAAGCAUUAUGCAGCACUAAUCAAUAUUUUGCAUGGUAAAUCUUUUUUGAUCCCUAACAGAUUUGUAUUGAUAAAGGGUAAGUGAAAUUUUAUAUGUGCUAAAUAAUUGUUAAACAAAUACAUCUGACUUGAUAAGUAGUUGUGUCUGCAUUCAUUCUUAGGGAACAUUUUAAACAUGCAGACAUUUCUCAUUUAAUAUUGAAAUCUUUAAAAAUAAACUCUUAAAAGUUUAUUUUUGUCAUGGCUUUGUUGCAAUCACUAUUACUGUGUUGGUAUAGAUGUAUUCCAAGGAAUACACAAGUGCAAUAAUAACUGUAUACAGACAUUGAAUGAGCUGGCUUUAAUAAAAUGGGGAAAAUGCAAGUUCUAAAAUUACAGAUGCCCUUUCUACUUUUGAAUUUAUAUCUUUUUGCCAAAAGCUCUUGAAAAAAAAUGAUAUCUUCCUCCAGAGCCUUAAGGGAAUGUCAUGUGGAAUAUAACUCUGUACUACCCUUACUACAACCUGUCUGUUUAACUUCAUACUACAUUUUCAGUACUUAAAGAAACAUUUCCAAGUUUCCAAGAGUUUUAAGAACAUAUUUAG